UUUGGUGACCUGGCGACACUGCGUGUGAAUAUGUGACCAGUGUUUCAAUUUUCACAAAAAAUGUUCCCAAAUACCGGCUUUUCUUCUUGGUUUUUCUUCAAAUUUGUAAUUACUUGUAUAAGCAGUUAUGAGAUAGAUCCACUAGGCUAUAUUUUGUAUUGUCCUUGCAUGGGCAGGUUUGGAAAUCAAGCCGAUCACUUUUUGGGCUCUCUGGGUUUCGCCCAUGGUUUAAAUCGGACUUUAGUACUUCCCCCAUGGGUUGAAUACCGGUAUGGCCAACCCAGAUCCGUACAAGUCCCAUUUGAUAAAUACUUUAAAGUGGAACCGUUAAGAAAGUACCACAAAGUCAUAACAAUGGAAGAAUUCAUGAAAGAAGUGGCCCCUUACGAGUGGCCGCCCGAAAAACGCAUUUCCUUUUGUUACAUGAGCAGAGGAAGCUCAAACGAGUGUAAUGCGAAAGAAGGCAACCCCUUUGGCCCCUUCUGGGACACCUUCAACGUCGAUUUCGUCGGCUCUGAAUUCUAUAACCCCUUUCAUUACGACACCUACCACCACAACAUGGCCAAGCAGUGGCACGAGAGGUACCCCCCAGCCACAUGGCCCGUCCUUGCCUUCACCGGGGCCCCUGCCAGCUUCCCCGUGCAGUUGGAAAACCGCCCCCUUCACAAAUACCUCGAAUGGUCCGACACAGUCUCCCAAAAAGCCGACACUUUCAUCGCGAAAACGCUCCCAAAAGGCGCUUUCAUCGCAAUUCACCUACGCAACGGCAUCGACUGGGUGCGCGCCUGCGAGCACAUCCCCGACAGCCCCAACUUGUUCGCGGCCCCCCAAUGCCUCGGCUACCGCAACGAGAAGGGCAAAGCCACCCCAGAGAUGUGCCUCCCGUCCAAACACACUAUCAUUAAGCAAUUAAAACGCCUCAUAAAACAGUCAAGCGAAAACCCCAUCAGGGCGGUGUUUGUCUCCUCCGACAGCAACCACAUGAUUGAGGAGCUGAACGACGCCCUGAAAAGGGCCAAAAUCCGGGCCUUUAAACUGGACGCCAAUGACCCCCACCUGGAUCUUGCCAUCAUGGGGCGUGCGAAUUUUUUCAUAGGGAAUUGUAUUUCGUCCUUUAGUGCCUUUGUCAAGCGGGAAAGGGACGCCAAAGGGUUUCCGUCCAGCUUUUGGGCUUUUCCGCCGGAGAAAAGCGCGGGAAAGAAGGAAGCCCAAGUCAAAGAUGAGCUGUGAUCUUGUACAAGUGUCACUUAUGAUCCUUGUGAUCCGAAAAAGUCAAAUUAAUUAGCUCGAAUUUGGGUGAUAAUUUUUAAGUUAGUUCGUCUAAGGGUGAGUCAUUGUUGGAAAUUAUUUUCAGUUUUGACUUGGCUUUAUCCAGUGUUUUUUUUAUUUUUUUAUUUUGUAGCAGGUAAGAUCAAAGUAUUUUGGCCAAUUUUUAAUUAGCAAUUAGUGUGUAAAAUAUGUGAAAUAUUUAAUGAUUUGGCCUUGAUUGAUUCAUCGUUCACGUGAGCCAGUGUUGUUCUCGUUAUGAAAUGGUUUGUGAUACAGGGUGUUCUCCAGUUUGAGGCGCCUCGGUUUGGUAUUAUUUUUGCAAAUAAAUCGUGCAGUGUU